AUGACUGGUCCCAAGAAGAAAACUACCUGCAACGGUGCUAACAAUAGCGCGAGCUUUACUACCUGGCUGAUACCCUGGGCAUUCCAGAACGACCCUGGAGAUCCUGGCCGUGAGUUCGUCAAAAACUUUUUUCCCACUGCCACAGCAAACCCAACUGCUAAGGCGGUGAAGCUAUGCAAUCUUGCGUUAGAAGCCUGGACCAAGCGUCAAGGCAGAAAAGGAGGCGCACCACAAGCGAAGGUCUCUAUUAAGAGGGCGGAGGAAGACAUCAGCAUUGGAAAAUGCAACGUUCUAUUCCGCUUGAUCAUGCCAGAUAAGACGGUGUGGGCGGCGAGAGUCCGGAACUUAUUGGCGGAUGAGGACGUCACAAUCCCACUACUGGAGAGCGAGGUUGCAACCAUGAAGUACGUCAGAUCCAGAACUCGAAUACCAGUCCCUGAAGUCUAUGCUUUUGACCUGGACAAGAACAAUGUCCUCGGCACUCCGUAUGUUUUUAUGGAAUAUAUCGACGGCCUGCCAUAUCCAUACCCCUUCUCCGAAAGAAAGGUCAUGACAGAUAAAGACAUUCGGAAGGUCCAUGAUGAAUUGCUCAACAUCACCACCCAACUCGCGGGUCUUACCUUCGACAAGAUAGGUAUGCUACAAUUCGACAAAACUAAGCCUGACGGCGUAGUAAUUGGUCCAAUCAUCGAUUUCAAGUACCGAGUCUAUGGACCUUUUACCACAUCCAGAGACUACUACGCGGCCCGUACGAAACUCGUUCAGGACGAUGAGGGAAGGAAGAAAAUGCCAGCAGACGAGCUAGUAACGCCUCUACUCCAGACGCAAGCCGCUCCGCACGCAGCAUGCGCGGAACUCUUGCGAGGCCCAUUCCCCCUCAAGCACGCCGACAUGCACUGGCAGAACAUGCUCUUCAACUCCAGAUGCGAGAUCGUCGGCGUCAUCGACUGGGAGCGGUCUCACACCGUCCCCCUCGAAUCUGCCACCGUCCUUCCCUUCAACCUCGGCGAAUACGCCGGCCGCGACUGGUCCGACCCCACGAACCACCGACUUAUCCAGAAAUACGAAGACAUGGCCUUGAAAUGUUUCCGUAGGAAGGCGCCCCAGUGCCCCGUGACCAAGACCUUCGGAACCCCACAGAGGAAGAUCGCGAAAUGCCUGGACAACUACAAUUGCCCUAUGACUCACCAGGCGCAUGCUGCGGAGCUGAAGAAAAUGAUCGCCGCGGCUGCGUCUUCGGGUGCUGCAGAACCGAAGUCGCGAUCCGCCCCUCCCACCACUGGGCGGGAUGUCCCCACACAGGGUAGGCCCCGACCUCCGAGGAAAAUGCCUUUACCAAGGCCGUGGAACAUCCAAGAACGUAAAGAGAGAUAA